UUGAACAGUUAUAAAUAUUCCUGUACCUUCCGCUCCCAGACACCAGAUGGCGGUGUCAGGCUGUUGUUAGUAAACCACCGAAGAAAAACCGACACUGUUUUUACACGGAACGCAUCUCUGUCCUCUCCGUGUGUCAUCAUGAGCGUGCCGGACUACCUGCAGUGUGCUGAAGAUCACCAGACGGUGCUGGUUCUGGUGCAGCCGCUGGGCGCCGUCCCCGAGGACGACUUCUUCAGCGUGUACAAGCGUGUGGCGAGCGUGUGCCAGGUGAGCGUGGGAGACAACCAGCGCUCUCUGUCCGUGCGCUACCGGCACCACUACGCCCCCGAGAACGGGGAGUGGGGUGAGUUCCAGUCGCACCGCAGGGUUGUAGGGCUGGUGGCCGUAGCCUGGUGUCCUGCGGCGGGCAGCGAGUGGGCACUUACGUCCGAGAGGUUCCGGGCCAUGAAGGAGAGACUCGGCCCUGCGCUGUACGACUCGCGCCUGCUGACAUUCGGGUUGAUCGAACACGCCACCGCCGAGCUCCAGCGACCCGACGUAGCCUUCUUCCCCACGUACGACAACUGCCCCGAGCUCGAGAAGACCGUAGAGGACUUCAUCCAGUCCAUCUUCAUCGUGCUCGAGUCCAAAAGGCUGGAUCGGGCUACGGAUAAAUCCGGGGAUAAGAUCCCACUCAUGUGCGUGCCGUUCGAGAAGAAGGACUUUGUCGGAUUGGAUACGGACAGCAGGCACUAUAAGAAGCGCUGUCAGGGCCGCAUGAGGAAGCACGUGGGGGAUCUGUGUCUGCAGGCGGGAAUGAUACAGGACGCUCUGGUGCACUACCACAUGGCUGUCGAGCUGCUGCGCGCCGUCAAUGACUUCCUCUGGCUGGGAGCUGCUCUUGAGGGUCUCUGCUCAGCCUCAGUAAUAAUCCAUUACCCCGGAGGCACGGCCGGAAAGGGCGGCGCACGCAAACCCGUCGUCUCCACGACGACAGAUGGUGGGAAGAGACACCGUCCAGGAGCUCAGGAGGUUCUCAUUGACCCAGGUGCUCUGACCUCCAGUAGUGGUAUCAGCGCUGACACUAGCAGCGAGAUCGGCCGAGCCAAGAACUGUCUGAGUCCAGAGGACAUUAUCGAGAAGUACAAAGAGGCCAUCUCUUAUUACGGCAAGUAUAAGAACGCUGGGGUGAUUGAGUUGGAGGCCUGUGUGAAAGCAGUGAGAGUUUUGGCCAUUCAAAAGCGAGCCAUGGAGGCAUCAGAUUUCCUGCAGAACGCAGUGUACAUCAACCUGGGCCAGCUUUCUGAAGAAGAGAAGAUCCAGCGCUACAGUGUCCUGUCUGAGCUGUACGAACUGAUCGGGUUCCACCGGAAGUCCGCGUUUUUUAAGCGCGUAGCGGCCAUGCAGUGCGUUGCUCCUACCAUCCCCGAACCAGGCUGGAAGGCUUGCUAUAGAUUACUGCUGGAGACGCUGCCUGGCUACAGUCUCUCUCUCGACCCUAAAGACUUUAGCAAAGGAACUCACCGUGGCUGGGCAGCUGUACAGAUGCGUUUACUGCAUGAACUGGUGUACGCGUCCCGGCGCAUGGGGAACCCCGCCCUCAGCGUCCGCCACCUCUCCUUCCUCUUACAGACCAUGCUGGACUUCCUGUCAGAUCAAGACAGCGUCCCGGGGGAGAGCAGGAGCAGAGCCGACACUCGCUGUGAAAAGAAGGAGGUGACUCAGAGUCUGGAGAACUACACGUCUAAAUGUCCCGGAGGGAUGAAUGUCAUCACGCUACCAGACGGACUCAAACUGGCCCCGGUGCCCUUGACCAAGCUGCCCAUAGUCAGGUCUGUGUCUCUGCUGAAUCUGCCUGCGAGUCUUCGUCCACAUAAAGUGAAGGGUCUGCCCGGGCCGAACGUCAGCUCCGCCAGUCCUUUCAUCUACUCUCCUAUCAGCAUCCACAACAGAGGAGAAGAGAGGUCCAAGAAGAUCGAUUUUCAGUGGGUGCAGGGGGAUGUGUGUGAGGUGCAGCUGAUGGUGUACAAUCCCAUGCCCUUUGAACUACGAGUGGAGAACAUGGGUCUGUUGUCGUCUGGUGUGGACUUUGAGUCUCUGCCUGCUGCUCUCUCUCUCCCUGCCGAGUCUGGUCUCUACCCCGUCACUCUGGUGGGAGUCCCGCGCACCGCCGGCACCAUCACUGUCAGCGGUUACCACACAUCAGUGUUUGGUGUGAGCAGCGAAUGUCUGUUGGACAGUUUGGUGGGUGUAAAGUCCAGCGGCUGUGUUGUGGAAGUGGUGCCAUCACUGCCUCGCCUCCAACUCACCACCUCUUUACCACGCAGGGCUGCACGUGUGGGAGCUGAGGAUCUGUCCAGCAGUGUGUGUCUGCAGCUGUUUAACGGAGAAACUCAGCAGCUCACCAUCACACUGGAGAACAUCGGCUCUGAGAGUUUAAACACGCUGGAACUGUCGUCUAGAACACUCACUACUAAAGAAAAGUUAUUCGGGGAGUUUGUCAGCUGGGACAUGGAGGACGCCCUGUCUCAUCUCCCUCUGAAGCCAGGCCAAGCUCUCACAGUCACCGUCAACAUUCGAGUCAAGCUGGACUUUUCUGGUCAGGAGAACCUGCUCCAGGACCUCAAUGAUGAUGGUAUCAGUGUCACUGGACUGCCCAUCUCCAGCCCUCUGAGACAGGUUCUUAAGCCCCGCCCAGAAAACAAGCAAGUCAACUCUGAUGCCAGCAAGAAUGAAUAUAACAACGUGAAGACUCUGGAGUGUGUGUUGUGUUUCCGCUACAGUGGAGGUCCAGGUCAUGUGGACGGUUACUACAGAGAGCUCAGUCUGGGCAUCCGUGUGGACGUGGAGCCUUCUGUGUUCUUCACCAGGGUCAGCACUCUCCCGGCCACAAGUACACGUCAAUGCCACUUGCUGCUGGAUGUGUUUAACCCCACUGAACAUGAACUCACACUCACCACCAGGAACCAGGAGCUGGUGCUCCACUCCAGCGAGUGUCAGAGGAUGGCCAUCCAGGUGGAUAAGUUUGACUUUGAGAGUCUGCCGCUGCCGUCCCACGAUGCCAUGCAACAGAGCAGCGUGCAUGAGCGGGAGGAGGAGAAGCAGCAGGUUCAGGGAGGACACAUCAACAGUACACUGCAGCUGCGCUGGACCAUUCCAUCUCUGAAGAGACAGGGUGAAGCGAGUGUGGAGGGUGUCCUCAACCAGCUCGUCCUGGAGCACCUUCAGCUCGCACCACUACAGUGGGACAUAGCGGUGAACGGUAAAGCGUGCGAUUGUGACACGGUUGCCGAUUGUAAGGUGGGAGACGCCGUGCCAUUGCAAGUCAAGCUGACCAAUCGCAGCAAGAGCGCCGUGGGCCCGUUCUCUCUCACCGUGGUGCCGUUUCAGGACUAUCAGAACGGCGUGCAGAACUUUGAGCUGCAGGAAACCGUCACCUUCAUCGGAUCCAACUCCUUCUACAUCGAUUCGGUGAGUCCAGCAGGAAACUCCACCUGUGCUGGUGCGCUGCUGUUCCUUUACACUGGAGAUUUCUACCUGAGCAUUAAGUUCCAGGACGACAGCACAAGCCGAGACCUUCCUCCCACGUGGUUCUGCUUGCCCAGUGUUCACAUUCGAACACAAGAACCGAUCGAGGCAGCUGCCUGAACCAGUGGUCUCUGGGACACACUGACCUUCCUGCCCUCAGCAGCUGUACUGUAAUUCUGGGUCACCUCUCUGCAGUAGAUCUGCUGUAAACUAGAAUCAUUUUUAUUUAUAAUAUUUAUUCUAGUUCUACAUCAUUACUGUACAUUUCCUUAUAAGGUUUAUUAAUAAACAUAACAGUACAAACCUGCAAAAUAGCAUUUCUAAAUGCAGAUGCGCCAAAGGUUCCAUGCAGAAUCCUACAGCUUAGCGUUUCUGAUACUUGAAUCCUUAUAAGUUCUUUGGGGAAGCCUACAGUACAUCUGAUGGCUUAUUAGUCUAGAAUGCUUAGAGGUUCUGUAUGCUCUCAAAUCUAGAACCGCUACAUGCAACUGUUUUCAAACCCCAAACCCCUAACUGCUCCACAAGUGCUGAAAGGAACUAUGAGGAACCCUUCAGCUGUCUAGAAGCUCUAGACUACAGGUGAUUGUUUCUAAAUCUAGAACCCCUAAAUAUAACUAUUUUAAACCAUGAAGCCCAAAAGGUUUGGUGCAGAACCCUAUACUGUAGCUAGAAGAACUAAAUGUUCUUGGAGAACAUUGGUUGGUGUGUCAGGGUUACAGUAGAACUUUUUGAUAAGUGUGUAAAUAGACAGCGAUGCUGAUUGCGAUGAUAUGGUGAUAGAUUUAUGUUCUCGUGUCCUCGGGUGUUCACAGGCUUUACUCGUUAGACACUCGGUUAUAAGAUGUAAAAUGUUUAUCUUUUUAUCUCACCGUUCUUAAUGAGUUUGUUUUUCAGUUUGACUCGGUUCUUUUUUUUUUUCAUUGGAGUUGCUUCAUUACUUCACAUCUCAUAUCCUGUGUCUCACUUCACUUUUGGUAUGUAAUAUAUUUGAUUGAUGGCUGUCGCAUGGAUUAUAAAUCAUAAAUAUAAGGUUUGUGGAACAUC